AUAAAAGGCGGAGGUACCACUCUUACUCCAGCAGCAGAACGAGAGUGACUGAAGCGGCCAAAGGGCUGGGUGGCUUGGGUUUACAAGUAACCCGUUCGCCUAGCCGAGGAGUCGCUCAAUUCGGAUAUUCAUCUGGGAAAGAUAUACCACCCUGAAGGACUCUUACACCCCCAGAUUAUCCGACAUGAUGUAUCAGGGCUUCACCGCUGACUACGACGCGUCUUCCUCCCGCUGCAGCAGCGCUUCUCCGGCUGGGGAUAGUCUUACAUACUAUCCAUCUCCAGCGGACUCUUUCUCCAGCAUGGGCUCGCCUGUCAACGCACAGGAGUUCUGCACAGACCUAUCUGCCUCGAGUGCCAACUUCGUUCCCACAGUGACUGCUAUCUCCACAAGUCCAGACUUGCAGUGGAUGGUCCAACCAACUCUGAUCUCCUCAGUGGCUCCUUCCCAAAAUCGAACCCAUCCCUACGGGCUCCCUGCUCCUCAAACUGCUGGUGCCUACUCCAGGGCUGGGAUCGUCAAGACGCCAGGAAGCAGAGGGCAAAGCAUUGGCAGAAGGGGCAAAGUUGAGCAGCUGACGCCAGAAGAGGAGGAAAAAAGGAGGAUCCGGAGGGAGAGGAACAAGAUGGCAGCCGCUAAAUGCCGCAACCGGAGGAGGGAACUGACUGAUACCCUGCAAGCGGAGACCGACCAGCUGGAGGAGGAGAAAUCUGUGCUGCAGACUGAGAUCGCCAACCUGCUCAAAGAGAAGGAGAAGCUGGAGUUCAUCCUGGCCGCCCAUCGCCCCGCUUGCAAGAUCCCGGAGGAACUACAGUUCUCGGAAGAGCUCGCCGUCUCCUCUCUGGACCUGCUAGCUGAGGCCCCGGUGCCCAACUCUCCUGAAUCCGAGGAGGCCGCUUUCGCCCUUCCCAUGCUGCAGGAGCCGACCCGGGCCGAGCCUGCCAAGGAGAGCAGCGGCCUGGAGCUAAAGGCCGAGCCUUUCGAUGAGUUCUUUUCGCGCUCCACUCGCGAGAUGCCUCGCUCCGUCCCCGACAUGGACCUGUCCGGCUCUUCUUCCUUCUAUGCGGCGGACUGGGAGCCCCUGGGGACCGCAGGCAAUGUGGAUCUGGAGCCGCUUUGCACUCCGGUGGUGACCUGCACGCCCUGCCCCAGCGCCUACACCUCUUCCUUCGUCUUCACGUAUCCGGAGACCGAUUCUUUCCCUAGCUGUGCAGCCGCGCACAGGAAAGGGAGUAGCAGCAACGAGCCUUCUUCUGACUCGCUCAGCUCGCCGACUCUGCUGGCCUUGUGAAGGGUCUGGAUCCAGAGCCACAACUACGGGGCUAGGGGCAUCACCAUGGUGGAGACCGAGCCCAUCCCCCUUGCUGCUGCUGCAUGGGGCCUUAGGCUGCAGAGGAGCUGCUCUCUCCUUCCUGUGGAGAUCCCAUCCAAGGCGUAGGGAAGACGAAAUUCCUCCAUUCCGGAGGUUGGUACCGGCAGCCCAUUUGGAGCUAAAUGACUUUGUUGAAGAGCUGAUCCGCAGCCUGCCACAAGGCCUGAUACCUCUUCCAGAGAUGUAGCAAAUCGCAUGGAAUAUGUCUUGUCCCCAUCAAUGAGAACUAGUAGUUUUGUAGCAUGUUCAACAUGGCUGGGUGGUGACUCCCUUCCCUCCUCUUUAAUAUUAACUAGCAUUAACUAAUUAAUCUGUUGGUUUAAUGACUGGGAUUUUUAAUAUGGUGCUGGGUAUCUUCAACUCGUAUCUAGUGCAGCUGACUAACAGUAACUACUGUGCUCCCGGCAAUAUCGUGUUUUGAUGACUUAGCAAUGACCCAACUUAACUGCAAAAAGAGACUAUUUUAUUUUUUAGUAGAUUAAUAAAUAGCUAUGUUGUCCAUGUACUAAAGUUCUCCGUGUACAUCAAUGUUCAUUGUAACUUUAACUGAUCAUACAUUGUUGAAGUGGUCCGAAUGGUUUGACAUAAGUUUUCCAUGAAAACGUUUUUAUUGUGUUUUUAAUUUAUUUAUGAAUAUAUUUAUAUUUUUAUUUUAAUUUUUUCUACCUUGAGGUAUUAACAUGUGGAAAGUGAAU